UAGGGUCUCCAGAGGACGUCAUCCAUAAAAUUUACUUGGUGUGGCCUAAGUGCAGCGCCACGGCCUUCCUGUUUUACUGAUUGUUUCCGUGGCCCUGCUUCAGCCGGCAGAUAGAGAAGGAACUCAGACAAUAUCAGACUGGCCUACCUUGUGGAUGCUGUUUUAAUCAGUAGGGUUAGUGGUGAUACAAACGAAGCCGCCUCAUCAAGAUUCUGCUACACUGUCCUGUCUAAUUGUUCCUUCUGAAAGUCCUGAAUGUGCGAUGAUCUUGAAUGUGUCCUUGAUUAUAUCCCGUGUGCUUUAGUUCCCUAAUCCAACUGCUCCCACAUAUCCACUGGUACCGAUGUUGAGGUGCGAGAUGUAGGCCAAAGAUGUUUUCUUGUCGGAAUGUCCGAAUGUCAGAAAUUGUCAGGUAAAAAACUGGUUUGUCCUCUAUCCGCUGACUGCCUUCAGUCCUCUUGAGUAUUCCUUAUGCACUGCCUCUUCUCGUGCCCUGUGCACUGUGUUUCUGCUUGUGAAUUCUUCCUCUCUGGAAGCCUGGUUUCUUCCUCUCUGGAAGCCUGAUUUCUUUUCUGUCUCUCUGCCCCAGCCGGACGGGGCUCCCCUCCCUGGAGUUCAGGGGGGUAGGGAUUUUGGCGGGAAUCUAAUCUAUCACAUAUGUACUAAGCUAGAGGCGGCAAAUUCGAAAUUGGAAGUUGGCACUUACAAACACAUUCCUGUCAGGUUCCUGAGGCGUAACCUGAGGGGGGCUAACAAGGAGGUAAGGGAACGGGCAUACACAUCACUGGUCAGUCUGGGAUCCUCAGGUACGCCAGCACGCACAAAGCAACACCCUAGUUGACAAGUUAGAGGCAGUUCAAAGACGGGCAGUCAGGUUUAUAGCCAAGGUACAAACAUGUAUAGCUUAGCCUAAGUAGGAUUGGAUAUAAUAUAACAGUCAUGUUUUAUUCCUUUCACAGAAGUAUGAGGAACAAGAAAACAAGAAAAUCCCUGAUCACCGCCGCUUCAGCGGGACACCACAGGAAAGUCGCCCAGCUUCUGAACAGCAAUGUUGACCGUAUCUUAGACCUCCGUGACAUUGACGGAAGGACCGCGCUACACCGCGCUGUGAAGAACGGGCACUUAAAGGUCGUGGAUAUCCUGCUGAGAAUGGGGAAUUGCGGACGUUCCUUGCGUGCGCGGGAUCCGUACGGCUGGGCUGCCAUUCAUUUUGCUGCGCAGUCUAACAACAAGAAUAACGUGAUCAGUUUGCUGUUGGACAGAGGAGCGAACGCCUCGAUGAAAACAUACCGAGGGUUGACAGCGCUGCACUACGCUGUAGAAAAGGGGUGCUUUGCCGCCACCAAGCUGUUGCUGGAAUUCGGGGCUGACAUUAACGCUAAAGACAUCUAUGGGCAGACACCACUACACAGGGCUGCCCAGGAAAACUCAGUGCGCGAGGUUGAGCUGCUUUUACUAGCAGGAGCAGAUUUUAACGCUAAGGACAGGAACGGAAAGACGCCAGCUGAGGUGGCUGCGAGUGGCAGUAAGUGCCAGGAACUGUUGUCAGGACAUGAGAAACACCACCCAAGCCUGCAGCGACUCUGUAGGCUGAAGAUACACACAACACUGGAACAAGUGAGGUCGGAGGACAAUGUUAUCCAAGACUUCCCCCUCCCAACUCCUAUGAAAAACUUUCUUCUCUUCAAAAAUGUUCUGUGAAACUCUUUUAAAGAUGCGUUGCGUGCAUUUAGAUUGUAUUCUGUAGCAAUGUAUGUUAUGGACAGGAUAAGGCCAUACCGAUUUAAUUUUAUGGAUGACAUCCUCUGAAGACCCCCAAACUAGUGCGCGCGGGCGAAUAAAAAAAAAUU